CUUCCGGCUGGAGAAAGCAUGUUGGCAGAGUGUCUUCCUCUCAAGUACAGCAAGUGACCCUGUCCGGAGAGGUCCCUGUGGUGGCCAGAGAACUCGGGUCCCUGUGGUGGCCAGGGAACUUAGGUUCCUGUGGUGGUCAGAAGGUUCUCAGUAUUCAACAAGGAUGGAGAGUGAUCCAUUUGUAGACCUGAAGAUAGAUUCUCAGGCCUUUCUUGAUGAAAUGGACGGUCGUAUGUCAUGUCCAAAGUGUGGAAAGUCAAGGAAAUAUUAUUGCUACACAUGUUAUGUGCCUGUCUUAGGUAUCGAAGACAAAAUUCCCAAGGUCAAGUUGCCAUUCAAGAUUGACAUCAUCAAACAUCCAAGUGAAUGUGAUGGAAAAAGUACAUCAGGUCAUGCAAGAGUUAUUGCCCCUGAUGAUGUCACCAUCUACACAUAUCCAUGUAUUCCAGAUUAUCCAGACCAAGAAAGGGUGGUGCUGUUAUUCCCCGGAGCUGAAUCUAUAAACAUGGCCGCAUUAGCCGAAAAGUAUUCCCGAUGUGUGCACAACAACAAACAGGAGGACAAGAAAGAUCAGCAUAACAAUAUUUCGGAGGAGAAAACAGAUGUGGUGUAUGCCAGCCUUGAAAAAGUUUCAUCUGAUGUAGGUCAGACUUGUACAGGAGCACACAAAGACAUUUCAUCGUCACCUGAGGGAAAAUUGGUCUCCGAGGACGACGCUAAACAAACAUCAGAGGGUUGUGAUAGGAUGACACAUGGAAAUACAGAAAUUACACAGAAAACAGGUGUGAAAAGAAAACACUUAUCAGACGAGGAGGAGGUCAAAAGGUCAAAGUUAACAAUGGAGGAUACCAAAAGGUUAGAGGUCAAACCUCCAUUUGACCGAGUAAUAAUUAUAGACAGUACAUGGAAUCAGACGAAGAGGAUUAGCUCGGACGAGCGACUCAAGGGCCUUGCAUGUAUAGAGCUGAAGACGAGACACAGUAACUUUUGGCGACACCAGAAGGACAUCCCGUCAACUUAUCUGUCCACCAUUGAAGCCAUUUACUAUUUCUUAAGGGACUACCAUGACGUGUUUGUGGCCCGUGACGAGUAUGAUGGUAGAUACGAUAAUCUACUCUUCUUUUUUACGUUUAUGUACAGUAAAAUCAGAAACAUGUACAAUGGUGGGAAAAAUCUAAAGGCUUAUACCCAACGAAAAGAUAAUGGAAAAUCAGAAAGCAAAGAAUAAAUGAUAAUUUUCUAGAGAUUUUAGCAUAGACAAUUAGAAAUAAAUGUGUGAAAGACAUGUUCUAUUUUUCUACAAUGAAUCUCAGUGUGUCUCAGAAUACUUUAUGAGAAUUGUUAACAAAUAAAGAACAUGAAAUGUCAUAGAAUAAGAUUAUAUCUGAAUUGAUUUAGAAAUACAGUGAAAGUUAUCCAGA